UACUACUGUAUCCAGGAUAAAAGUCACGGGUCUAAAAUAAUCGGACAAGAUGGCGGUUCGGGUGUUAGACCCAACAGAGUAUGAAAAGUUAGAGAAGGAAUUGGAGACCGCCUUACCAGUUUCUUUGUGUGCUUACAGCCACUUCAAAUUGUUGGGGAGAGGAAUACUGACCGAUAAAACAGUCCUGGUGGACAGCUGGCCAGAUUUUUCUGCUGUUGUUAUUGUUGAUAGCACGAAAAAGAAGACUAUGACGUGGGCAAUCAGUUUCUGUAAAGGUUCUGAUUUUUGCCAAUCCCUAGAAAACUUGCUUCGCCAUUCUGCAACAUUGUUAGCAUCACCUUUAGCCAUUGUAGGUAAAAUGAAAGUAACUGGCUACAUUAUCGGAAAAGUUCCCGCUGGAUUCAAGUUAUCCGAAUUAAAGCAAGCUCACGUGGAAAAUGUAUACAAUGCAUGUCCCCAUAGGGACAGAUAUGAACAAAUCGCAGACCUGAGGCAAUGGAUACGUUAUCACAUUGAUACUUUACCAACAGUCUGUAUUGAAACUGAGGACGGUAGACCUGUUGCCUGGGAGGUUCAGCAUGAAUAUGGCAGGUUGGGAAUGUUAAACGUGGAGCCAGAAUACAGAAGGCUCAAACUGGGAAGUGUCGUCACAAGGACACUUGCUCAGAAACUGGUAAAGGACGGACAAUUAGUUUUUGCUUGUGUGGAUGACAAAAAUGAAACAUCUGUGAAUUUCCAUGAAAAUAAUGGCUACACACGCAUGCCAUUAAUGUAUUCUGUCGCAGUAUAUCAUUUGUGACAAUGUUUUAAUUGUGACAAUAUUUGAUUGAUUGUAUGUAUUCUUUUUCAUAAUCGAGAAUUUUGCAUUCAUAGAGAAACGUCACAAUAUACAUUGUACCGAAAAACUCGGCACUCGGGAACAUUCAGCUGUGAAGAUUUUUUAUCAUGCUAACUCCUACUGCGACUUCAAUUUAUAAAGUCUCGUCAAAAACACCCGUGACCUUAUGUCUUAGGUCUACCUCUCGAUCACGCAGCAAUCCCUCUGCCACUAGGCUAUUGUGCCCGGAACAACAAAGCAAUGUACCGAAAGGAACAAGAAUUAAAAAAAAAAUAGUCCUUUGGAGCAAGUCUAGGUAGUUCCCAUAAUUGAUCCCCCAAAAAUCUGAUUGCUGGUGUUCAAUGAUGUCCUACC